GGGCCCGCCCUCCAGCUGCAAAGCCUCGGUGCGUCCAGCUGUGCUCGCGCGUUCAGAUUGCAGCCAUGUCCGCCGAGGCUGAGGUCGCCUCCGAGGCGGCCGCCGUGGUGGUGGCCACCGAGGCCGGCAGCGCCGCCGACGCGGCCCCGCAGCCCCCGAAAGCCGACGCGCCCGGCGAUGACACCUCCACCCCGCCGGCCCCGGCCUCCUCGGAUGGAGCGGCGGCGCCUCCCCCGCUGCGCUGCCUGGUGCUCACGGGCUUCGGGGGCUACGACAAGGUGAAGCUGCAGAGCCGGCCGGCCGCUCCCCCGGCGCCGGGCCCCGGCCAGCUGACCCUGCGCGUGCGGGCCUGCGGGCUCAACUUCGCCGACCUGAUGGCCCGCCAGGGGCUGUACGACCGCCUGCCGCCGCUGCCCAUCACGCCGGGCAUGGAGGGCGCGGGCGUCGUGGUCGCCGUGGGCGAGGGCGUGAGCGACCGCAAGGUAGGAGACCGGGUGAUGGUGCUGAUCCGUUCAGGCAUGUGGCAGGAGGAGGUGACUGUGCCGUCAGCUCAGACCUACCUGAUGCCAGAAGCCAUGACCUUCGAGGAAGCCGCUGCCUUGCUGGUCAACUACAUCACAGCCUACAUGGUCCUCUUUGACUUCGGCAACCUUCGGGCUGGCCACAGCGUCUUAGUACAUAUGGCUGCAGGGGGUGUGGGGCUGGCGGCCUUGCAGCUGUGCCGCAACGUGGAGAACGUGAGCGGGUAUUCGGAACGGCCCUCGGCCAGCAAGCACGAGAUGCUGAAGGAGAAUGGGGUCACACACCCCAUCGACUACCACACAACUGAUUACGUGGAUGAGAUCAAAAAGAUCUCCCCCAAAGGAGUGGACAUCGUCAUGGACCCUCUGGGUGGAUCAGAUACUGCCAAGGGCUACAACCUCCUCAAACCCAUGGGCAAAGUGGUCACCUAUGGUGAGAAUGGCAACCUGCUGACGGGCCCCAAGCACCUCAUGGCCCUCGCGAGAACGUGGUGGAACCAGUUCAGCGUUACGGCGCUGCAGCUGCUGCCCGCCAACCGCGCCGUGUGUGGCUUCCACCUGGGCUACCUGGAGGGCGAGAUAGAGCUGGUCAGCGGGGUGGUGGCCCGCCUCCUGGCACUCUACAACAAAGGUCAAAUCAAGCCUCAUAUCGACUCCGUGUGGCCCUUCGAGAAGGUGGUGGACGCCAUGAAGCAGAUGCAAGAGAAGAAAAAUGUGGGGAAAGUCCUCCUAGUGCCGGGGCCAGAGAAAGAGAAAUAGGGUGGGAGUCGGGAGACCCAAAGGUGGGGAAGGGCACGCUGGGCAGCCAAGCUGUAAGCACCCAGCAACUCACAUUGCAUUUCAUCCCCCUGCCCGCUCCCUGCCAGGGUCUCCCUAUUUGACCUCUUUCCCCACCCCCUUCUUGCUCUCUCCAGGGCUGCCCCUUCCCCCGUUCCUGCCCUCUGAAGAGGUUGGGAAGCGACCACUUGGAUGUCUGGGCCCUGCGAGGGGACAGGGAGAGUCAGAGAGAGGCAGGUUGCUUCCUGCCCCACCCUGUCCCCCGGGCCCGCUGUGCUGCUUGUGCCAACUUAGCCAGUCCCCCAGUCCCUUUCAUUCCCCUUCUGUGUGCUUUUGCCCUAGCCUCGUCUCCCUGCUGUCCUUGCCCCAACACCUCCCAAAGAAUCGAAAUGCCAGCUCAGGGUGGGGGGCCAACACGCACAUGUCCAGCAUGUCCCUGUCCUCUCCUUGCUAUCCACCCUCCCCCAGGCCGGCCAGCACCGCCUCUGUGCGGCGGCCGCAUCUCCACUCCUUUCCCAACUUCUUAAGCACAAUCGGGCUUCUUCCACCUCCGGGCUUUCUGCCACUGAUGACCAAGGUUGCCUCUGCCACCAUCUGUGGGCGGGAUCUGGCUGCUCUCAUGCCCCCCUCCCCAGCUCACCUUCACUGAGUUCUCUGGAUUUGUUCUCAGUGCCUUAGCCAUGGAAAAUCUGUGCUGACGUACGUGGGGGUCCCGGUCUCUGUCGCACCUCUUCCUCCACCCCUGGACUCCCCAGUGCCUUCCUUGUCCUGGUGGGGCUGGGGUUUCGCUGCUCCCCAGUUCCACAACACUGCCAAAAAUCUAUGUGUGUGCCAGUCGGGGCGGGUGGUGGGUGGGUGGGGCAGCCCCUGGCCUUCUGGGGUCUGGGCCAUGUCCUGUCUCUGGGGCUGUCAUUUCUUUAGGGGGUGGGUGGGGAGAGGUGGCAGGGAAACUUUCUCAGCCUCACUUUUGGCACCUGCCACCAGAGGUAGUGAGUUCUCUGUGCAGUUCCGGUCCUGGGACCAAGACAGGACCAAAGUCAAGCGCUAAAGCACAUUCCCACCUUCCCUGGCAGGCGAGGGCUGUCCAUUUGCCUUCUCAGAGUAGGAGGCAGUUUUCCAAACUCAGCCCCCAAUUUUGUUUACAUGGGUGAGGAGAAGGAGCAGGGGAGGAAGGGGUGGUGGUGGUGGUGAGGAUUGAAGCCCCUGGAACCAUAAUAGAGACUUCCUAGGUGAGGGCUGUGACUCCUUCUGUGAGCUGGAGCUGGGGAGAUCAGCGCCGCAGCCAUUGCCAAUGGGAGGUGAGUGAAGGAAGGAGCUUAGCUCUUCCUUGUGUAAAGAAGGCCUAAUGGUGUGCGAUUUCUGCUUCUGUGUACCCCGCCCCACUUACCGAAGCUGCCUUUGUGUUUGUGUCAAUAAAAAGCCAAAACCUG